AUGUUGAAAUAUGCACUGGACCAUCAGGAUGCAAUCACUGUUGUAACACAAAGCCGAGGCUUAGAUUUGCAUAAGUUUGAACUCACCGACGUCGAAUGGGAAAUAGCGCAGCAGCUUUGUGACAUUCUCAAAGACACAACUACAUUCUUCUCUCGCUCCACACCUAACUUGGCCACUGUGAUUUCUGCCAUGGACCUAAUCCAUGAGACACUCACAAGUUAUUCUGGGAACCAGAAAUAUUGUGCCUCUAUUCGUGCAGCUGUGCGUCUCGCCAAGAAAACUCUGAACCGCUACUACGAGCUUACUGAUAAAUCCAAAGUAUAUCGUAUAGCAAUUGUUUUGCAUCCACGGCUCAAACUAUCAUACUUCAAGAGCACUGGAUGGACAGAAGAGUGGAUCGACACUGCUGAAACCCUGGUGCGUGAGGAAUUCGAACACUCUUACUCAAUCCUGGACAUUGAGAACAACACGGACAUUGAGGUGGAUGAGGAGCCUGCUGGCUCGAUGGAUGUUGAUUCUUCCAUGGUACGCUCUAUUUCAUUGUUUUUUCACCUGCUAAUGUCAUGUUUUUCCUAG